AUGACUGGCUUGAAAUCUUAUGCUAUGAACAUGGUCAAUUCCAAGCAGUUCGAUGAUUCAAAGGUGAAGGAAGCCUUGAAGGAUUGUGUCAAUUUCUACUCACAUGGGAUUGACUCAGUAAUGGUAGCAAUAAUGGCUUACAGGGUUAAGGAUUAUAGAACAUCAAAUGUACAGAUGAGUGCAGCAUUUGAUUCAGCUUUUGAUUGUGAAGAUGGGUUUAAUGAGAGAAAAGGUUUAGUUUUCCCUCUGAAGAAGCUGAAUCAGAUUAUGAUUUAUGUCAAUGAAUUGCCUCUGUAUUUUACCUAUGUGCUUAGUAAUGGAGCCACCGGAGGCGGCGGCGAUUUCAAGGGAACUUGCCGGAAAUGCGCAAAGGGUGAUCCAAACAUAAGCUAUGACUUCUGUGUGACCUCUCUCCAAGCAGUUCCCAAGAGCCAUAAUUCCACCCUCAAAGAACUUGGUCUCAUUGCAAUGAAGCUAACAAAAACCAAUGCUUCCUCCACCAAAUCCUUCAUCAAGAAUCUCUUGAAGAACAAGAAGAUCAAUCCACACGAUAAGCUUGCGUUGCAGGAUUGCAUAGAAGUCUAUUCAGAAGCCAUUGAUUUGCUAAAAGAAGCCAUGAAUGACUUCAAAGAUAAACAAUAUUCUGAAGCUAAUAUCAAAUUGAGCUCAGCCAUGGAUUCAUCAACAACUUGUGAACAAGGGUUCAAUGAGAAGAAGAAAGGUAAAAUGUCUCCAUUAACCAAGGAAAACAGAAAUUUGUUCCAAUUGGCUGCCAUUUCUUUGUCCAUCAUCAAUAUGGUUGGAGGAAAAAGUUACUAUUAAUUAACCCUUCUAAGUUA